AUCUCGUCAAUGCACUUAAUCCUUCUUUCUCAGGUCCGUCAACCCUUUGUUAACUCUUUUUCUUCCUUCUCCGUUUCUGUGUCAGUCAGUCAGUCAGUCAGUUAAAUGCCGGCGAUGGGAUUAGCUGACGGGAGGGCCGAGUCGUCGGACGGUGGCAAGGUAUGGAACCUCUUCCGGAUGCCCUUCUGGCAGGCAGGCGCCUCCUCCUCCGCGGCGGCGGUGAGUCACCGCCACGUCAGCCACAACCGUGCCGCGCGUGCGGCGGAGGGAUCCGACACGCAGUACCCGACCUCCCGCGUCGGAAGCGGCCGAGGAUCGGUCUCAUCGGUCGCCAAGUCGCUGCUGCCCGCCCGGCGUCGCCUCCAUCUCGACCCCUCUAGCAAGCUUUACCUCCCUUAUGAACCCGGGAAGCAAGUCAGGAGUGCGAUCAGGAUUAAGAACACAAGCAAAUCAAUUGUAGCAUUUAAGUUUCAAACCACAUCCCCGAAGAGCUGCUUCAUGCGCCCUCCUGGAGCAAUACUUUCUCCAGGCGAAAAAAUCAUUGCAACUGUUUUCAAGUUUGUGGAGCAUCCAGAGAACAAUGCAAAAGCAGUAGAUCAGAAAGCCAACUUUAAGUUUAAGAUUGUAAGUUUGAAAGUCAAAGAACAAAUGGAGUAUGUGCCUGAAUUGUUCGAUGAGCAGAAAGAUCAGGUUUAUGUGGAACAAAUCCUAAGGGCUGAAUUUCUAAAUCCCGAGCGAUCAAGUACUCAAUUGGAUAAAAUGAAACGGCUGCUUGCCGAGGCUGAUGCUGCAGUUGAGGUACGAAAGAAACCACCCGAAGACAGUGGCCCAAAAAUUCUUGGUGAAGGCCUCGUUAUCGAUGAAUGGAAAGAGCGAAGGGAAAGGUAUCUGGUUCGGCAACAGAUCGAAUUGGUCGACUCCUUAUAGUGUACUUUUGAGUGAUUGCAGCACUCAAAAUAAGUUUCUGCCUGCUUGUUGAUAGUCAGAUUUUGCUGAUGGAAUAAACUACAAGUGCACGAAAUGUUCAUCUUUUUAGUUCAAUGUAUAAUAAUUGCCUUGUGUUUCUGAUAUGCCUGUUAAAACUAUGUGUGUUGAAGUGACACACUAAGUACAAAACGAUUGCAGCUUCUGCUUGUUUCUUGUAGUGAUGUGGUGUUCAGAGUUAUUUUCAGAGUUAUGCUUUGAU